ACCACCAGUGAACGUGCACAACCAGAGGAUGAAGACUGAAACCCCUCAGCUCCUCUGUUACACGGGAGCAGACUAAUUCCUGGACUGACACACGCUGGAAACACACAGAGACGGAAGGUGGAUUAAUAUUUCUGUGAGUGCUUUACAGUAACCAGAGCUGGCUGAUUGCCGGAACGAAGAGAGAAAGAUUUAUUCCUGGACUGUUCACUUGCAUGAGGAGCGUAACUGACUAAUCCCUGGAAGAGCUGGACAAAAUGAUACCCAACUAAUUCAUGGAUAAGAGAUUCAUCGUCUCAUCUUUUGGAUUGCAGAAGAGGCUACGUCCUGAACAGCAAGCCUAGAAAAAUCUGCCACUCCUCCACAUGUGGUGCCUCAGAGGCUGGGAUCUAGCUAAUAUCUGGAAUCAGUGAUCCAUUGCAGCGCCUCACUGCCCCACAUCUCCCUCCUGUGUGACAGCCUCCUCCUGGGACCAGGUUGAUCUUCGGAUCGGCGUGUCUGGCAUGUUCUGUUUCUGCCUGCAGAGUUCCCUGCUGAAGCUCCAGGCGCUGGAGGUGGAGGGGGGCCCCUCGCUGGGUCCGUCCCCAGAGGAGAGCCCCCCUGCCCUGGGCAGCAAGGAGCAGAAGAGCCCCUGCGGCCCGGUGGAGCUCGGAGGGAAGGAGGGCAAGACGCUGGCCCUCUGCCACAGCGUGCCCGCCGACGAAAACAGCCCCCCAGAGCUGGUGACGGUGCUGACCAGAGCUCCACAGUCUCCCAGACACCACCCACUAACUGCUAUCCACCCUGGCCAGCAGCCGCUGACCCCCGAUGGGGCCCUGCCCUCCAGCCCCCACCACUCUCCCUACUCCCCACAGAGGAGCAGCCCUGGAGGUGAGGGUGGAGGGGAGGGAGGAGGUGGAGCUCUCCUCCAGCUCCUGGCGGGGGGGCCCAGCCCUCUGCCCUCCCCUCGCUGCUCCAGCCUCAGCCACAGCCUGAGGUUCAACUCCGACCCCGAGACCGCACCGUCACCGCCCUGCAGCCAGCAGUACAUACUGUGUCGGGGUCGGGACCGGGCCGAGGUCUCCGAGGACCUGGAGUGUCCCUCCUCCAUCCCGUUCCUCACCCGACAGAUCCAGACCCUGAAAAAGAAAGUCCGCCGGUUUGAGGACCAGUUCGAGCAGGAGAUGAACUAUAAGCCGUCACACAACGAUAAAUACUCCAACCCUGAGAUGAUCCGAGUGAUGGGCGAACUGGCCAAGGCUCGCAAACAACUCAAAGAGAUGAGGCUGAGGCAGUCGGUGUUUGAGUCCAAGGAGCCGGCCGGGCCGGAGCACAGCUGCAGGUCCAGCUCCGGCCAGCAGGGGGCGCCGGACCACAAGCCCACGCUGGAGGAGACGGUGGAGUCGCUGUUCAGACGCCUGAGAGAGAAGAGACAGGCGCUGGGCCUGCCAGACAACAUGAAGGAGAUGACUCAGGCUCAGAUGGUGUUGGAGAAGAUCACUCUGCAGAAAUGUCUGCUGUACUUUGAGAGCGUGCACGGCCGUCCGGGAGCGAAGCAGGAGAAGAGCCUGGUGAAGCCGCUGUACGACCGCUACCAGAUGAUCAAACGCUUACUGUGCGCCAGCCCCACCAUCACCACCAUCGAGGAAGAGGACGGUUCUGAUGAAGACUCCAUGAGCAUCUCAACAGUCGAAGAGCCCCCCGCCCCGCCUCCUCUCAGAGCCCCUCGCCCGGUCCUCAGCGAGGAGGACAGCGACCGGGACAGCGACCCGGCCUUCGUGUCCCCGUUAGACGAGGUGAAGGCCGUCCACCAGCGGCCAGCUCUCACCAUGGCCAACCUGCACGAAGCCUCCAGGUCUCAGCUGCUGGCGUGUCUGCGGGAAACGAGAGCCGAGAAGAAGACGAGACGUAAAGCUCUGAGAGAGUUCGAGGACGAGUUCCACCGUCAGACUGGAAGAAUCUGCCAGAAAGAGGACCGCAGUCCGAUGAAAGAGGAAUACCAGGAAUACAAACAGCUGAAAGCUAAACUCCGUCUGCUGGAAGUCCUCCUCAGUAAACAGGAAGUCACCCAGACCAUGUGAGGCCAAACUGAAGCUCACAGAAACUCUCCAUCUGUCUCCAUGUGAUUAUGGGAGAAGCUCUUUUAUAUUGUCCAGUUCAGAGGAGAGGAAGUGGUGUUUGAGCUGUGCUUCACUUUCUCCUUUCUGUUGUUUAUCUUUCAGCUACGUUAGCUGCAGAGUCGAUAACAUCAGUCAGUCGUAGUCUGAUACUUGUUGAGUUCAUUGUUUGCUGGUAAUCAGAGGUUGUUAGCAGCAGCUAGCGUAGCUUUUAUAAGUACAUCAAAGACAUAUGUUGAUAUAAAGAAUAGUUCAACAUUUAUGUUCAAUAAAUGUGCAUAUUUACUUUCUUGUGGAGAGUUAAAUCGCCUGCAUAGUAAAUAUGAACCAUGAUAAAGAAGUGAUGAGCUUAGCUUAGCAUAAAGACUGGAAACAGAGGAACAGCUAGUUUUGCUCUGUUAGCGCUAGCAUUACAUUAACAAUGCUAAUGUCAUAGUAGUGAGCUGUCAAAGCUUAUGUUUUUUUAUGUUUUAAAGGCUGAUCAAAUCUCAUUAUUUAACCCUCUGAACCCCAGUAAAAAUAUGUUUUUAUUUAAAAGAUUGCCAAAAAUACACCAUUUAUCGUAGCAAUACACUGACAUUAUCAUAUUAUUAUGAGUUUUCACCUUUCCCUGAUCUGAUCAUCGGUUGCAAACGUUUCCAUUUGAAAAAGCAACCAAAACGUAGCUUGAAAUUGUGAUAUUUCUGUCAAAAUCACAUUCUACAUGUUAAUUUAAAAUGUCUCAUUCUUGACACUUGUGGUCACUUAGAAGAGUGUUGUAUAUAUAGAUUCUAUUUUAUUCAGAUUUUUAAGAAAUAAUUUAUUGAGGAAAUUAUACUUUUAUGAUUUGUUAUUCUGCACCAAAGACAUUUUUGAGUUUUUCCCACUUCUAGCCAUGAUUGUACUGGUUCCAUAGAGCUGCAGGACUUAUAAAGUAUAUAGUAUUAUAUUAUAUAGAUUUUAUCACAGUAAAAUACAAGGCCACAGUGUAUGUAAAAAGAGCAAAAAUGCCCUGAAAUUGCUUGUUGGGGUUCAGAGGGUCAAACAAUAUUUUUUCAGCACAUUUAGAACAUUGACGAUAGCCAACUCCUCACUACUUCCUCUCCAAACUGUAGAAACUGUUAAUACUCCAGAAAAGUUUUAUAAAGUAUAAGAGUUCAGUCUGCUGAUGCAUCAGUGGAAACAUGUAAACCAGCAUCCUACGGAGUGUAUUUAUUCAUCUGCAUUCUCAAGUCUGAAACAUUUUGUACAGCUCCGUUUAUUACAGUCUGGAGGGACGAAACCUGCAGAGCUGUAAACUGUAACCUUAAACAUGUAUCUCCUCUGUCUUGUUUGAUUUUAAUGGACCAAAACAUUUUUUAUACAGGACUAAAUGUGUCGAAACUGAAAGCACUUUAAUUUGUCUGGGAUUUUGCAAGAAGUAGAGUUUAUUCAGUUAACCUCUAAAGGAGCUGAUGAGGUUAAACUGAAACUGUGUCUUUAGACUGGAAAUGUUUAUUAUUAUAAAGAAAGUAUUAUUCUAUAUGUGAAGAUAUGCUUGAAGAUGACCUGGAGAGAUGGUUGCAUCUGUAUUUAUAUCAUUGCACUUUAUGUUGAAAAGGGGGAAAUUAUUUUUAUCCAAACGUUAAAGUUUAAUAUGCAAUAUGAUCUGAUUUUAGACAUUAGUGCUAGUGAGACUGAACCUGAAUUUUACCUGCACUCUGUCGACUUUAACCAGCUUUGGGAACACCAUACAUUUCUAUGACUCACUGCAUCAGAGUGCUGUAGUUUGUGUGUUUUUGGAGACCAGCCCAGAAGUUAAAUCUCCCUCGUUCCUUCCACAAAAAGCCAGCGGGAUUUUGAAUUGUAGCUCUGUGGUAAACAAAAGUUUAUGAUACUAACACAUUUCGUUCAGCAAGAGAUGAUAAUAAAUAACAGAUACGACUCUUUUAUGAUUGUUGAAGUGUAAAUGCAAUCACCAGGAGUUAAAAGCUAAUGCGCCACAGUCACACGACUACGGAUGACGUUAAUUUAUCAUUUGAGCAUAGUAGAAGCCAUGCUAUGUUAGCUUUAAGUUUCACUGAGUCACAUUGAGCCUUAUCGUUUCUGAGAACUGAUACAGUGUUGGAGGCGGGGCUCUGUUCAUUCCUAUGAAAGCUGCUCAGUGGAGCAUGUAGUCAAAAAAGUUAUUUUUCUGUGUAUAAAAGUCCCUGUAUGGAUCUUCUGCAUCUAUUGGCCCAUGGAGCAGCGAACUAAAGACUUCUACUUCCCGUUUAGCGCACCGCUAACUUGAAUGUGAAUAAAAUGAUUUAAUUUCUUCCAGACUUUCCAAAUGUUAUCAGACCAAAAGGAUGAAAUUAUCACAGUGAAGUCAUUUGAUGAGUUGUGACAUUCUGAUUUACAGGCGUUUUUUCCCCAAUGUAACAGCAUAAGGUGACUCACCAGGACCUGUCAAAAAAUGUACUGACAUAUUUUAGUGGCGUCAAACAAAGUGUGAAAAUCUCUGCAGCUUCACGGAGCUAAUUUUACACUGCUAUCCAGAAACACAUAGACUCCAGACUGAUGGGAAAUAAAGCUGGUUGAUAAUCAGCUAUUCACUUUAUGAAGCUACGUUGUGCCUACAGCAGCAUUUCUGAGGUGGACACAGGCGUAGAUUUUGUGGGGACACGGAAUAUUGUUUUUCUCCCCACAAGAAAAACAUAGCAAAGGACUUAUAUUUUGAUGAGUUGCUAGAACGUUAGUGAGAUACAAAAAGGCUUCUGGUCAAUAGGUGUCAGCUUGCAACCUUGAAACGUUGCAGUCUGCCAUAAAACGUCAGUGUGAUGUAAUGUUGUUCUGUCCCUGAGUCCACCUGUGUCAUCAUCUAAGUGACAUAUGUCAGACCCACAGACAGAUCUCUGUUAGUGAGACCAAAACAUCUGGAGCGCCCCGGUUCUAAAUAAUUUAAUGUUUUUUGAAUAACAUGAAGCUUCUCUGAGGUCGUACGAAUGGUAAACAACAGUAUCAUCUGCAUACAAGCGGACAUUUGUUUAAAAAAACAUUUUUAACUGUAAACCUCAACAAAGUUUGAGAAUGUUGUUUUUUGCUGCUGUUAUGUGGGCAAAAAUUUGGGGAAACAAGUUGCUGAGUUGACAGCAGCUGUUGAGUCAACACCUAGUUGUAACAGUCGGUAUACGAGUCCGGUCCGGUGAUUGUCUUCAUAUCAAACCUGUUUGAAUCCGAAAAUGUUUACCCUUGGCUGCAAGUUUUCUCUGGCUGCAAUUUACCACCAAAAUGUAUUCUAUCUCCAGCUUGGUUUGGCUUCACUUCACCUCAGAAUCAAACUGAACUCAGAGCGACAUAUCACAACAGCUCGCCGUAUGCUGCACUUCACCGCGUUUUUUUAAAUGUUUUUGUCCAUUUUUCUGAUCAGUUUGGUUUCAAUUAGUUAUUUGAACCUAUAAAACGGGUCUGUGAUGUCAUGAUUGACAGCUGUAACUGACUCCUGAUUGGUCGGGCAGGGUGUUUGGGUGGGAACUUGAUACUGCGGCUCUACUCUUUGUCGCUGCUGCUAUGGUUUGCUCUUGACCUUGUCUGGGCGGGAUUUUGCUUUUUUUAAGCGAAGGGAAAAAAGGUUUUUAAAAAUACCCGUGUACGUGUGGACUCUGCCGAUAUAUCCUGAUAAAAUCCUGAACUUUGUAGGCCCCCCCUUACCUCGACAUCCUUCCUGUGAAGAAGAGAAAAAGCUGCAUUUUCAUUGGAAAAAACUUAACAUGUAGUCAACGUGGUUCACCACUGAGCUAACACCUGGAAACAUGAGAGAGGUGAUUUAUAUUAUGUCCCUGACGUUCUCAAGGUUUUCUGCCUGUUGAACUCCUAAUGCACAUCAGUGUCGAUGUUCUAACUUUCUUCAUGCCUGAAUUCAUGCUGUGAUGGUUAAAAAAACGACCGUGUUGUUGUGCUGUACUCGUUUCUAUACAGACAAGUUUCAAAUAAAUAUUUUUGCUAUCA